ACGGCGACGAGGAGGACGAGAGGCCCACUAUGGGAACUAUCUGGAUCUGGCGUCAGAGGUCUUGGGCACAUGCGCGGGUUAAACGCGCAUAUCCCGAGUUUGUUUCGGAGCUCGACAUGCUGACGCCCGAGGACGUUGUCUGGGAGCCUUACAGCCCAGAGGCUGUGGCUACCCGUGCACCAGCAGGCCUGUCUUCACACUGCUCCGCGAAUGCGAGCCUGUGGCUUACUUCCGCCGUCCUGGUUUAUGACAUCGCGGUUGAGGCAUAUUGCCCCUGGAGAGUCAGGAGACAGUUUGGGCAGCGCCAGGAGUUUCCGGUGCCCACCGCGUUGGAGCGUGUCAGUCGCCAGGACCACAGGUAAUUAUGAAUGAACUUGGCUC